AUGGUCACUGUUACGAACGGCUUCGAUAAUCGUAUCGUUGAUCUUUACCCUAACGACCCACCUGUUGUACACGGGUUCGACGAUCAUGUCACUGAUCCUGUCAUUGAUGGUCACGUCCUCGAUGUCCUUAUUGCUAACAAGGAAACCGAUUUCGCUGUGGACGCAUCCAUACUAAAGACACCGACCGAUCUUGGAGCUGUCUUGCCGGCCCUCGUGAAAUUGAAUGCAGGUUUGGCAUCGCUGACUUCUCAGAAUGACGACGCCCGGUCCCAGGUUCUGAGAGAAGCUUGGAAGCUCGUCCAAUCCCUUGAGACACCACGUGAAACCAUGAUCAGGCACUGCUGGGCUCAAUCGGGGACUAUUGCUGCCCUUAAUACUGGGACUGUGUCAGGUCUGUGGACUACGAUGGCCAAGAAUGGCGACCGGCCUCAAAAGAUUGACGAGCUCGCCGCAGCGACCAGGGUUGACGAAGUGCUGCUCAGCCGGCUCAUGCGCCACCUUGCUGCUAUGCAAUACAUCGUGGAGACUGGUAAUGACGAGUACAAGACGACCAACUUUACCAAGGCAAUGGCCCAUCCAUUCAUCGCGGACAGUCAUCUCGCCAUGUGCUCAGGUACAAGUGCCGGUGCCUACCAAUUCCACGAGUUCGCCGAGGAGAACAAAUUCCAGAAUCCCAUAGACUCCUUUGAUACCUCCAUGCAGCGAGCCUACAGAACGGAGAAGGACAUGUUCCAAUGGCUUCAGACCAUUGGUUACGGCGAACAUUUCAACCAUCACAUGCAGGCCUACGGCCAGGGUCGUAUCCCAUGGAUGGAUCCUUCAUUGUACCCUGUCCAGGACAGGCUCAUCAAUGGCGCAGACAGGAGUUCCGAGGCGCCUUUCAUUGUUGAUAUCGCUGGAAGUGUAGGCCACGACCUUGCCACAUUCCUGAAAUACCAUCCCGACCACCCUGGGAAGCUGAUCCUUCAAGACCUCCCUAAGGUGAUUGGGCAAAUCGAGCAUCUUGACUCUACCAUUGAGCGAAUGGAAUAUGACUUCCACACACCCCAGCCUGUCGAGGGCGCUCGAGCCUACUUCCUACACUCGGUACUGCACGACUGGCCUGACAAGGUCUGCAACUCGAUCCUGGGCAAUAUCACCAAGGCCAUGAAACCCGGCUACAGCAAGCUGCUGAUCAACGAGAACGUCAUCCCGAGGACCAAUGCCCAUUGGGAAAUGACUUCCCUAGAUAUGGUGAUGCUGACUCUUUUCUCCUCGAGAGAGCGCACCGAGGACGACUGGAAGAUCUUGUUGAAAGCGAAUGGGUUGGAGAUAGUCGGGAUCUGGCAGGGUAGCAAAGCGUGGGAGAGCUUGAUCGAAUGUGAGUUGUUGACCGAGACCUAG